AUGUCUUCUCCCCCUCCUGUUCAGAACCGCGAUCUAGCCAUGCAACGACCCAUCCGACCAAACGCAGACAAAGCUGAUGCCAUCCGUAAUGCCAUUCUCCGUGAUCGACUCGGUACUCGUACUCCUGCCCAUCCAACUCCUCCUCCUCCUCCUCAACAACAACAACAACAACAACACGAACGACAACAGGGUGGUAUGGGUGGUAUGGGCGGCAUGGGUAUGGGAGGGAUGGGUAUGGGAGGUAUGGGUAUGAUGGGUAUGAAUCCGAUGAUGAUGGGAAUGAAUCCAAUGAUGAUGGGUGGCAUGGGCGGCAUGGGUAUGGGCGGAUUAGGUAUGGGUGGAUUAGGUGGUAUGGGUGGAAUGGGUAUGGGUGGUAUGGGUAUGGGUGGUAUGGGUAUGGGUGGUAUGGGCAUGGGUGGAUUGGGGAUGGGGGGAAUGGGUAUGGGUGGAAUGGGUAUGGGGGGAAUGGGUAUGGGUGGAAUGGGAAUGAUGGAUCCAAUGAUGGGUGGUCUCGGCGGUCUCGGUAUGGGCGGCUUAGGUAUGGGAGGAUUAGGUAUGGGUAUGAUGAACCCAAUGAUGAUGGGAGGUAUGGGUGGUUAUGGUAUGUUAGGAGGAGGUUUAGGAAGUGGUGCAUACGGGGCAAGUGGUUUAAUGUAUCCCCCUGGUGGACUUUUCGGCGACUACGGUAUGGGCAUGGGUGCCCUGCCGAUGGGUCAAGGUACAGCGAUGGGAGGUUAUGGGAUGGGUAUGGGCGGUACUCCCUGGGGAUAUUGA